AUGCCCUUCCUCCUCCGUGGAGAUCUGCUGGUACCUCCCUUGGUGCGGCUGAAGGGCAGCAGCAGCUCCAUGGAAGUGGCGGAGGUCUUGAAACGUGAUGGUGUGGUGGUCCUGGAAUCGAGAAGCGAUGCGGAGACAGUUAGAGCUGCGUUCAAGGAGUUGGAGCAAGGCCGAAUGGCGGCAGGUCAGAGCGUCCGCUUCGGUGACAGCACACAGUUGCUGAAGAGACCCCUGGAUCCUCUCGAGGAGCCAGCUCUCAGCAAGUUGGCCAAAGAUCCUCUAAUCCUGGCUGCAGCUGAAUUGGCACGGCAAGAGCAUGGCGAAGGAUCUCAUCAUUCCAUUGCUUGGGAGGUGAGAUUGUUGAUCUUGUCCUCUGGAAUGCCUGAAGGCGAUAUGCACCGGGAUGUGGUGGAUACUUCCAGCAUCCCACUGAAGCGUCCCUUGCAGUGGGGUCUCAACACCAUUUGGGCCGUGGAUGACUUCACCCAGGAGAACGGCGCCACGCGCUUUGUGCCCGGGAGCCACUCCUCCGCCGCGCCGCAGGGGCACUGGUUGGGCGACCGUGUGGAGGCCGCGCUUUCGGCCAGGGCGGCCGAGAUGAGGCCGGGCUCGGUCGUGAUUUACUAUGCCAGCACCUUGCAUGGAAGUGGUGAAAAUCAAUCCCCGGCCGCGCGUACAGGCUGCUUCAAAGUCCGUGGCUUCGGCUUUGGCUCUGAAGAUGUUUUCCAACAAGUGCCACAAGAAGAAGGUCCUUUUAUGCUGAUUUCCGCAGAUGGACAAGUCGUGAAGCCAUCCACCCGGCUGAACGAGCUGAACGACCUGCAGACAGUAAGCAACGAUGUCACACUCACCGUGCUGGCGCACCCAGUGCAGCAGGUGGCCUCCACCCGCACGGCCUUCGCGGUGAUCACCAGUGCCGGCUCCGUGCUGGCCUGGGGUGAUGCGGACAUGGGCGGCGAUACCAAGGGUGCGCAAAAGGAUUUGAUGACCAAUGUGUCACGCAUCUACGCCAAUUCCUUCGCCUUCGCCGCGCUGAAAACGGAUGCCUCCGUGGUGACCUGGGGUCUCCCCACAGGGGGCGGGGAUAGCCGCGCAGUGAGGGCAUCGUUGUCCGGUGUGAGGGACAUUUGUUCCACGCGCCUGGCGUUCGCGGCCUUGAAGACCGAUGGCUCCGUGGUGACCUGGGGUGCUGCCACCUACGGCGGCGAGGCGCCGGACUUGCCCAGCGGAUCCAGCGGCGAGCCGGUGGCGAUUCGCAGCAUCCGGGCGACGGACAGCGCCUUCGCAGCUCUGCGGGCAGAUGCUACAGUCAUUGCCUGGGGCGAUGCCACGGGAGGUGGUGAUGCUCAAAGUGUCCAAAGCGACUUGCAGGGAGUCACCGAACUCUAUGCCUGCAAGUACGCCUUCGCAGCAGUCACCAAACAAGGCUUUGGCAUCGUUUGCUGGGGUAGUGCUAUCGCCACCGGCAACGUGAAGUGCAGUUUGGAGGUCCCGGUGCGCCACAUUUCCUCCACCAGUUCUGCCUUCGCAGCGCUGGACGCGGCGGGCACCGUGCGCUGCUGGGGCGAUCCCAGCAGCGGCGGCGAGAUGGCGACGGAGGCGACGGAGGCGACGGAGAUCUUUGGCAACGAGGUGGCCUUCGCUGCCUUGAAGAAAGACGGCUCAGUGGUGACCUGGGGCGGACAUUAUUUGGAUCUGGAGCUCACUGGGUCCUCCAAGACCUUGGAACAGCUUUCCUCGGGCAUUUGCCAUGUGUCUGCCACCUGCUUGGCCUUCGCAGCACUGAAACACGAUGCCUCAGUGGUGACCUGGGGCCAUCGUAAUCGAGGGGGCGAUAGCACACAGGUGUCUCAUCUCCUGGUUGGUGUCCGGCAGCUGUGCUCCACGGACAACGCCUUUGCCGCCGUGACGCAACAGGGCCGAGUGGUCACCUGGGGUGUUAAAGACUCGGGCGGCGACAGUUCUUCCAUGGAGAUCUUUCUCCAGAGUGAUGUGCAUCAAGUCUUCUCCACUUGCAACGCAUUCAUGGCCGUCAAAUAUGAUGGUUCCAUUGUGACUUGGGGUGGUCGUCGUUCGGGUGGCGAUGCCUCCGCUGUGGCCAAGCAGCUGCAGGUGGCGUCGGUGAGGUGA